AAAUGAACGCAUAAAGUUUCAUGGAUAAAGACCAAUCAAUUUAUUACAGAGGUUACAAUAUUGAGUUUUAGCUGUGUAUACAUCUCUAUGUAGUGGUUUGAACAGGAAUAAGAGUAAGAUUCAUUCCCAAUCCAAACCAAAAGACUACAAAAAUGAGUACAACCACCAUCGUUUCAUUGAAGUAUCCACCACGUGGACGAUGUAUCCAAUGUCCUGAACGACAAAUUAUGUCUUUUCUCUACUCUUUCUUUCCUUCAUCCAGACAUGUCUCAGUCCAUCUACUUAUGCAGUGAUUUAUCAAAAAAAUAAAUAUUCCAACUCUGAAUGGCCAAACAAAGAGAAUAAUGCAUUUCCUGCAAGGAGACUACCUAUUUCUUGUCUUCUUCCAUGGUUGCAAAAAUUUCUCAACUCCUCUCAAAAAUCCCUAGCAACGUCAGAAAGUAUAAGUAAUUCCGAGUUACCUAAUCUAUAAACAAAUGUAAAAUAAAUUAAGAAGCAUCAGCACAGACAAGCCACAAAAUUAAUCCUAGAAUGAUGGAUGAUGUCUGCAGUUUAUGAUCUGGCUUGAUUACAGCCCUGGAAAGAAGGCCGGCUAAACCCCAUCACUUGCAGAAGUAAACGGAUUAUGGGGCCAGAGUUGCUUGGUUCUAUAACUAUCAGCAUUUUAUAAUUAUACUUUUAGUGGCCGGUCGAAAAACCCAGACGGCCAGACCCACACUCUCAAAGAUAUAAGAACUACUUGUACCAUUUUAUACUACUUCUGCUUCAAUGGACAGUGAUGAGAAAUUUGAAACAGGGGAAUCAAGUAAUAAACAGCUGAUGGAAAACCAAGAAAGAUCUUCUAGUUCUUUAGCAGAUUGUUCUAAGUAUCCCAUUAGAGAGAAUCCAACCAAAGGUACGUAUCGGCGAUCAUCCUCUAUGUCUUUGCCAACAGAAUUUGCUGAUGCUGCAAUGGAAUUGGCAAUUAAAAGAGCUCCAAGUCAUGAAAGAGAAGAUGAGAAAAGUAUAUCCAUACUGAAGCCUGCUUCUGUGCAGAGUCGUCCAGGUAGCCCUUGGCAAUUUCCCAAGAUCUGCAAGGGAGUGCGCCGAAGAAAAUUCAUCAAUUCAGGCCGGAGAAAAUCCUCAACCGACAAUGGUUUAAAUGAGAUUAUAACUUUGAAAGGCAAAAAUCUGCAAGAUCAAAAUUCUUCAUCUGAUGAGGAUUCGAGAUAUGAGAUGGAGCCAGUGACUCCUGACAUAAGAACUGACUUCAGUGCUUCUGCUUUCUCCAGCUGCGAACAUAAUACCCAGGGGAUCACGAAAAAUAAAGAAAUGAAGUGCUCUUCGAGUAAAGGUCUGAGUAAAAAGUAUCAACCUAAACUUUUUGAAGAUGUUGUCGGGAAUGAGAUCAUUGUUAAGGCUCUCUCUAGUGUUGUGCGGACGGAGAAUAUUACGCCUUUGUAUCUGUUUCAUGGACCAAGUGGCACUGGAAAGACAUCAGUUGCAAGAAUAUUUGCCAUGGCUUUGAAUUGUGAAUCUACUUCAUGUACCAAACCUUGUUGGAGUUGCAGAUGCUGUUCAAGAAGUCUUUAUAUCAUGGAUUUAUGCACUGGAAGUAGAACAGCUGGUUUCCAAAGGAUCAGAACACUUCUUCAAAGCACCACAUUCAUUAAAACAGUCUCCGGUUUCAAGGUUUUCAUCAUUGAAGAAUGUCACACACUACUGGCGGAUGCAUGGGAAGAAAUUUUAGAUGUAGCAGAGACAGGAGAUAGCACAAACAUUGUGUUCAUCAUGAUCACUGAGAAUGUGAGUACAAUGCCGAAGGCUAUAUUAUCAAGAUGUCAAAAAUUCUGCUUCUCAAACCUGAAAGACAUGGAUAUUAACUUGAAGCUAGCAAGAAUAGUGGCACGGGAGAAGAUAGGAAUUGAAAGUGAUGCGAUGAAAUUAGUCAUUUGUAAGGCACAAGGGUCCAUGAGAGAAGCAGAGAACAUAUUGGAUCAGUUGAUCCUGCUGGGAUCCAAGAUUACAACUUCCAUGGUUCAACAAAUUGUAGGUUUGGUGCCACAUAAUAAGCUUCUAGACCUACUCACAGCGGCAAUUUCCUCGGAUACCAUCAAGGCUGCGCGAUCCACAAGGGAGCUGAUAGUGUCAGGCGUUCAACCACAAAGCCUCAUUUCGCAAUUGUCAUCUCUUAUCACUGUAAUCCUCUCAGGUGCUUCUGAAGCUGCUACAUCAACAUCGGCUACUUCUUCAAAGGAUAAGAGACUUUUGAGAAAUGGAUCACAACUCACUAAUAAUCAGUCUCAAAGAUUAUCCCUUGCCCUGAAGAUAUUAGUUGAAACAGAAAAGCAAUUGAGCUUGUCAAAUGACCAAACUACAUGGGUUUUGGAAGCUCUACUACAAAUUGCAUCAGAACAAGCUACCAACAGAAUUUCCACUGACAUUGUUUCGGCAAGAGAACCUUCAGAUGACAAAUAUGCAACUGCAAACAAAGAGCACUCCAAAGUUACCAUAAAUGACCAACAAACAAGCACAGAAAACCUUUUUGAGAUUGAGAAAUGCUCUAGUACAGUAAUACGUAGAGAGGGUGAUUUCAUGCAGUUGGGCAAUAUGGAAGAUGUAUGGCAAAGCAUGUUAUGGAAAGUACAGAAUGGAUAUGUGAAAAAACUCUUAUGUCAGCAAGUGAAGCUAGCAUCAUUGACCAUAUGUAGUGGCAACGCCAUUGUGCACUUGAUUUUUGAGAAAUCGGAAGAUAAGCUGGCAGCUCAGAUGUCAGAAGGGACCAUCUCGGAAGCUCUGAGAAAUGCUUUUGGCCGCCCUGUUACAGUGAAUAUGAGCCUAGAACCAACUCAACUGAAAAUUAUCCAGGAAACCGGUGCCUCAACUACUAAAUCUCAGGUUGAUUGUGGACAUGCUAGGCAAUGCCAAGGAUCACCGCAUCUCCCAAGUUCUGAAUCACCAGGCAGUCCAAAUGUUCGAGCAGUUGUAAUGGGUCGCAGCAACAGUCAGAAGUCAUCUUAUAUAUCGAAAACAACUUGAGGCACACAAAGUUGCCACUUAUCAUAGAGACGUCUCAAACCAGAGAAACCAAUUCGCCUGGAGAACAAGAAGCAAGAAUAGCUCGCCCUCAACAAGUCCUACCCUUUUCAGGAAUUUUGACACCGCGAGGAGGGAAUGCCUAUAUGGAUCAUGGAACUGACCAAUGGGUGAGAGAGGGGAGCCUAAGAGUUGCAACCGAUUUCAUGAAAGCUACUAAAUCAAAGUUGUCACUUGCCUCGGUUCAGAAUGGCGACGCAAGUGUUGAGCAAUACAGCCAAGAUUUAUUAUUUGAGAAUGCGAACAUGGGUACAGAAAAGAUGGAAAGAAGAAACUCAAAGAUGUAUAAAGAUCAGCAAUUACAACAAAAAGGAACAACCAAAGUGUUCAGUCGCUCUUGGAGUUGCAAUGAGAUAUUCUGCCGGGAGACAAAGGUCAGAAGCUCUACAACGUGAACCUAAUCUGACGUACAUUGACAUACAAGUGGGACAAUUAUUUCCUAGCUAGGAGCCUAGAACUAAUUUUAUCACACUUACGUGUACUUAUAAGUUUGUGUGUGUGUAUCUCAGUUUGUGUGUGAAAGAGUUUUAUGUAUGCACAUGUACCAUUCUAAAGUGUUGUAUUUUCCUUGUUAUGCAGAGAUCCGAUUCAGGUAAAACUAAA